UCAUUGUUGUCGGUACAAUCUUAUUUAACGCAAAUUACCAAAUAAAAGACACUCAUUUUCAUGUUCCUAAUACAUGUAGGAUAAUUGUAGAAGCAUAAACAAUUGUUUGAAAUACUGAAACAAGAUGAAAAUUGGUGUUUCCAUACGUAGAUCUGUCACAUUUGGCCUUUUCUUUGCCGUGUUUAGCUUCAUGACAGAGACUUUUUUCAAUCUGUAUGAAAGGACCCUGCUGGAACCAACUAUUUGACUUUAGUUACACAAAGAGGACCUACGAUAAUGAAUCCAAUGUUUCUAAUCUACUCCAUAGUCAUAGCUAUCUACCAUCAUUACUUAAAACAAUAAAUACUCAAACUUCUACCUUCCUUUACUCUCUAACCAGAGAAAAAUUUAGAGUAAAGUGUAUUCAUACAAGGGUUGUAUAAUUGCACUGGCUUAAGCCUAGCAGAGUCAACUAAGUGCAUCAUUAGUGUAGCUGAAUAGUUCAGUUACUUUAUUGGUAAGUAGAAAAAAACAACCAAGCACUAUGUGGGACAUGCUCCAGGACUACAUAAGUGAAACAAUAAUCAAUUAUCUCCGUUAAAACCUAACCUUUUUCACUUUCUUUGCCAUUCAUUUCUAUCAUGCUUUCUCCAUUUUCUGCCCACCAUAAACAAGCAUCCCAGGUGGUGAAGUUGUUCUAUCACCGUAGAAAGUGAUUUUCAAAGUCAUACAUCAUUUUCUGCAUAUGUCUUUUUUUUAUGUAGGAUGGUAUUGAGUCUGCAAUACAUAGGUUGUGCUAGAUUAAGGCUGUUAUGGCUUUUGAAGAUGGUUCCAAAAAGGAGCUACAGAAAGUUGGUCUAGAAAUCUCCAACCGUUUUCCUCUUACAAGGACUACUCUGGCAUCUAUGGAGUCUUUGUCUUUGCCAGUGGUUCAGGAAGUUGUUCUUUCUGCUGAUAUGCAAUGUGAGAAGUGCCAGAAGAGGGUAGCUGAUUUUAUUGCUAAAAUGAAUGCAGAAACGGAGUCAGUGGUGGUGAAUGUGUUGGAAAAAAAGGUGGUACUUACUUUUAGAUUGACAACUAUUGGUAAAGUAAUCUCUCAACAAAUUAUUCCCUUCCCUAAAGUUGCAAUUAUUAAAAGGAUAUUUCGUUUUUCACGGAGCUAAGUUUCGCUUACAAGAGAUCCACAUGAGCAUAAAUUUUUGUAAUUUGAUUUCCACAUGUACAGCACAAACUUUAUUGCAUUUGUGAUUGAAUUUCUUUUGUAAUUGCCUUCUCACUGAAUUAGCCUUGUUGAGAUAUGGAUAUUCCGAAGUGAUUUAGCUCUGUUUAUUUUAGAGGAAAACAUAAUUAAUUUGAUUAAAACAAUUUUGAGGAAUAUGUAACUAGGUUUGAUGCCCUCUGUAAAUAAUGUUUGUUGUCACCUCAUGACUAGGGUCACUCAGUGUUACACAAAAUCCUGGCCGGCAUCUUUAAUUAGCUGAAAUAACAUUCCACUGUAUGUAGUUUUUAUAAUUCCAUCAAGUAUUAAGUAUAAAUACACAAACAUGACUGUUUUUCCUCUGAAGUUAUCUUAUACAUCUAUUUCAGAAUUGCAUCAUUCACAACCUCCAUUUCAUUUCGCUUAAUUUUUACUCAAACACCAAAUUAUUUCCUCAAGUUUACAAAUUAAAAAAGCCUAAUCCCCAAAUAUUUAAGUUAAUCAAGGUAAACUUUAAUCACUUCCAUUUGAUUUCAUCGAGCAUGUAUCAAGCUAGUUGUGUUUACAUGUACUUCAUAAAAAUAAGAAUAGCCUGUGACGAAUAAGUAACUUUUGUUUUAAUAGAUCAAAAGAAAUAACAUCGGCACUCCUGCAAAUCUUAUUUUAUAGUUAAAAGUAGUGUAUUACAGAACCUGUGUGUAAAUUUAUCUUAUUUUGAAACCUUUUAUUACAUAAAUUUUAGAACAAAACAAAUCUCAAAUUUGUUAUCUUUUGGUAAUUAAAUUUUAUUACAUUAAUUUUAAUAUCUAACGUUAAAAUUAAAAUAAUAGUACUGAAUUAUUCAAAAUAUUAACAUUAAUUUAUUCAGAUAUGGGUAAUGAAAGACUACCACAACUCCAAAUAUCGUAUUAAAAAUUAUUAAACAUAUUGUUUUAGAACUAGUAGAGACUACUUGGAAGUUGAGUAAAAAGAAAAAUCACCGCUCCACUGCCGAUCAAACCAUUCG